GUAAAGAUCCUAAUUUUUCUCCAGAUUCGACAAAAUUUACAAGAAACAGUUUUUCAUAAUAGAAAGUAUUCUCUCCUUUUUCUUUAUAUAAAUUUUUCAUAUGCCGACAAUGUAGCAUUGUUAUUGACGAAAAGAUAAGUAUGGGUUUAGUAGACAUAGUUACGGCAUCUGUGGUUACGGCGACAAGCGAACAAACACGAUAGUUUAGAACCAGGAGUAGUCGAGAGAAUUUUCGGUUAUUCGAUGAUGGAAAAGUAACCAAUGUGUGGAAUAUUUAGACUAUUGGCAUUACCGAAUGUGUUUAUUGUGGUGCAUUUAAUAAAAAUAUUUAGGUUAUAGAUCUUAUUCACUCAUCUAAACCAAUUUUUUUACAGUAUUCGGUGUAAUGUUUUACUUGGGUGACAUAUAAAAUAGAUAUGGACGACUGUUUAGAGGAAAUUAUAGAAAUAAAGGAAGAAUCUCUUGAAGAUAAUGUUGAAAUAGAUGAUGUUUUUGAGGAGGAUUAUCAACCAGUUACAGUUUUACACCCUAAACAAACAAACACUGUUAAUUUGCCAUUUAAUAACUUUAAACAAAAACCAAUAAUUUCACAAACAAAGCCACAAAUUUUACAACCAAAACCAUCAGUAACUUUACCAGAAAUUAAAUGUAUGGUAGAAGGAUGUCCGACAAAAGGAAGAAGUGCAGAUUUAAAUUAUUUCUGUUUAACAGAACAGAGAUUUGAUUCUUGGCUAAAAGCUCUAGAAGAAGAUCCUUCUACAAUCAAAUUGGAUCCUGCUAUUCCAUACAAGUAUCUUGUGUGUCAAAGACAUUUUCGACAAUGUGAUUUUAGAGGAAGGCUACAAAAAAUAAAUGAUGAUGCUGUUCCUUCACUCAAUAUACCUGGUAAAGCUGCAAUAGUAAAAGUAGCGCCACAUGAGAUCUCAAUAAUUGAAGACAUACUUGAACUAGAUGAACAAUCCCAAGGAGUAUGUUUCACUGUUUAUAAAAAACUUGAACCCACUGACAUACCUCCAGGCAAAAAUAAACUGCAGCAAUCAGCGCUGCUAUGUGGUAUUUCAUAUCAUACCAUGAAAAAAAUAAUAAAAUCACGAGAAGAAGGGAAAACAAAAAAGAAAUCUUUAGUAACUGCCAUUUUACAAAUUGAAAAACUAAGUGGACGUGUCGUACCUACUUUAGAUUUUUAUUAUAAACAAUUGCGUAGUAAUUAUCCAGGUAUAAGGUGUUCCAAAAAAGAACUACUGCAUUGGUUAAAGGUGAUUGGAGUCACUUUUAAGAAAAAUGCGGCGGAAACUGUUUCAGGGAAAAAAGAUACUAUCAUUAUUCUGUCAGAUGAUGAAGUAGAAACAGUGGAAAAUUCUAACCUAGAUUUGAUCAGCACUGAACCUUCAAUUGGAAGAGAAGUUGAAGUAAAUGCCACAGAGAAAAUUGAAGAGUCUGAAAUUGAGAAAUUAAUUGUUGAUGAGGACAUACUAGAACAAGAGAAAAAUGUACAACCAUUGUUUGUAACUGUAAAAGAAGCGAAUCUAUUAAAUGUACUAUCGGAAAUAUAUGAACCUUUCAAAAUUGAAGGCAAUAUACCUUCAUUGGAUUAUUAUUACGUAAAAGUAUUAGAAAAAACAAAUGAAUUCUUUAGCAAAGACACAUUGAAACAUUGGUUAGAGCAGCUUGACAUAAAAUAUAAAGAAAAUGAAAAUGUUGAAACAAAACUAAAAGAAGAAAUAGAAACACCUAUAGAGAAGCAUCCGAAGAUAGAAUUAGAUGUAUCUGAAUCUUUGAUUGAGCCUAAAAAGGAGCCUGAAACAGAUGAAAAUAUGGAAAUUGAAAACUUAAUCGUCGAUCAGGAAACAUUAGACCAAGAAAAAAAUGUGCUACCAUUGUUUAUCACAAUAAAAGAAGUAAAUCUCUUACAUCUACUUCCAAAAAUAUACGAACCGUUUAGAUUUGAAGACAAAAUACCUUCCCUCAAGUAUUAUAAUGCAACAGUCUCAGAAAUAACGAAAGAAGUUUUUAACAAAGAAACCGUGAAGACUUGGUUAGAUCAAUUGAAUAUCAAAUAUGAAGAUGAACAAGUUCAAACAAAUGAAAUGCCGUUAGCAGCUAAAUCGGCAAUACAUACUAUAUAUAAUUUUUUUUAUAAAAAAAAUGUUCAAACUAAUCUACCUUCUCUUGAACGUAUCUAUGACAAUUUACAGAAAUUGGUAGGAAGGGAUGGCCUUAAGUUUUCAAAAGAAACUUUAGUGAGAUGGUUACAAUCACUUUCUUUAAAAUUCAAAAUUAACCAAGAGAUAAUUUCCCCGCCCUCUUUGGCAUACUUUGAAAGUCAAUUAAUAUUGAGAGAACAUCAUUACUCUAAAGAAACGCUCUCUACUUGGUUGAAACAUUUAAAAAUUCAUUUUAAAGAAGAGGAUUCUAUAGAAACGCUGGAAGAGCCUAAAUAUUUAUCAGCCGAAUUACAAAAUUUAUUAGUGCAAUCAAAUAAAGAAUUUUAUAAAGCAAGUUCAACGUCAGGGGUCGAUUCUACAAUUGUACAAUUACUCACAGACAUAGAAAGUAGCUUCCACAAUUUAAAUAUGACAGCAACUGUAGACAAUUAUUACCAAAGGCUUAUUAGUGAUGCAGGUAUUACUUGCUCAAAAAAUAAUCUUAUCAAAUGGUUGAACAUACUUGGUAUAGAAUAUUCUUGGAAUGACAAAAAUUGUUUGAAACCAUUGGAUAAUAAACCAACCUUAGACUAUUUUUUCACAAUGUUGAGUCGAACAUUUGCAAAACAAUAUACAAAAGAAAAUAUCAGGUAUUGGUUGAAUCUAUUGAAAAUUGAAUUUAAAGAAGAGCCAACUUUACUACCAAUAGAACAUCAUGCAGCGAUUUUACCUUCUUAUGUAGCUUCAAAAUUGAAAACAAUUAAUAGGGAAUUUUAUUCAAAUAACAAACAACCAUGUUUGGACAAUGAAAGUAUAGGUAUAAUCAACAGCAUUGUAGAAAAAUCAGGUGUGCAGACACCAUCUUUACAACAUAUAUAUGAAGAACUAAAAAAUAAAUAUAUAACAAAAGGAACUUUAAAAGAUUAUUUAACAUCAAACAAUAUAAGAUUUACUAUGAAAAAUUAUCAGUAUUCUUCAUUGGUGUGUGAUAUAACAACUGCAAUUAAAAAUAAAUGUCGGAUACCUAAUUUAGAUUACUUUUAUGUAAAUAUAACUUCGUCAACGAAUAUUACCUGUUCAAGAAAACAACUCCAAAAAUGGCUAGAUUCAAUAGGCAUCUUAUAUUAUCCUAGCACUAUUGAAGAUGGGCAAUUUGUCACAAACGAAGUGGAUUUAACACCACAGAUGACUAGUUAUUUGUUAAAACUCGAUAGAGAUUAUAUUCAGUCAUCUAGUGUUUGUAUAACCAACAUCUUGAGAUGUAUCAGUAAUAAAUUUAUUGAAAAGGGUGAAACUCCUACAUUGAAUUUUAUAUACAAUUAUCUACAAUCUUACAGAUUAUUUUUUAACGAAAAUCCUUCAUAUUAUUCAAAAGAUGUCCUUAGGCACUGGUUGAAUGUCCUUAAAAUUGAAUUUUGUGAUGACAACUCAACAUGUGCAGAGCAAAGUAAUACGAGCAUUCCAACAUUGAAGGAAUUUCAUGAAAAAUACACAGAAUUAACGGGUAAUACUUGUCAAGAAAAUCAAAUUGCAGUUUGGCUUAAUACCCUUGGUGUAAAAUUUAAAACAAAUAGUCAAAAUGUGUCGAAAGCAACAACGCCCUACGUAGAACUAACCGAAAAAAUUGCUGAUGUACUGAAAAGAGCAAAACGAGAAAUUCUACUUAAUAAUCUUAAAUUUCAGCUGAAAGGAAUAGAAUGGUCAUUUAUGUUACAAAAUCAAAAACCUGAGUACAGUCACCUUGUACGUAUCAUAGAGUCAUUCAAUGUUUUUGAUCAGUUUAAAUGUCCGAUUAAAAGAAAAAAAGUUUAUAAGGAGUGGUUGCAGGAAAUGGGAAUCCAAUAUCAUGAUGAUAAAGAAAAAACAGUUAUAGACACUACAUCAAAAAUUACUGGAAUACCUACAGAAAUUACAAUACCCUCAAUGUUGGAUUCCCCACAAGAAAACGUUUUUAAAAAUCCAGAUAUUUUAUUGGUAAAAUGGUCUGAUUUACCAAAAAUUACCUUACCCUCUACAACUAACUUUCCAGAAAUAGUUAUAUCAGAUGUGAGAUCUUUAAAUUCGAGUUGCAAUUCGCCAAUAAUUGAACAACCCAAUUCAGUACCUCUUAAUGUAACAUCUCAAAAUAAUUCUGAAAAUAUAAUCGCAAGUACAAGCAAAGAAACGUUACCUGAAACUCAGGAGUCUUUUAAACCUCGAACAAAUUUCGUAGAUGAAAGCUUUUUCAGAAACAUCGAACUCGAAUUUAGUAGCAAAGGUAAAACUCCAUCUCUGGAAUAUAUUCAAUAUGUGUUGAAAGAAAAUGGUUUAUGUUUUGGAGAAUCGACUCUUAAAAAACUAUUAAAUAGUAUGGAUAUAAAAUUCAUUGAUGAAAAGACAAACGUUGAUAGCAGGAGCAACAUUACUGUAAAAAAGGAAAUAGAAGAAUAUUCAGUUAAACGUCCAGAAGAUAACUGGAAAUCACAAUACACAAACGUUGAACUGAAUACUGAAACGACAACUGUAGAAAAUGAAUCAAUUGUAGAUAAAUCUAUAAAUGAUAUGGAUAUAUCAGGCACUAAUGAAACUACAAAUAAGAAACGUAAAGGCGAAAUUGACAUUCUAAAUCCGAAGAAAGCAAAAGUAAAUCCGAAGCAUAUAAAUAAAGGUAAAAAGCAACUAAAAACAACUCCGGCAAACAAUUUAAACAGUCUCGCUGAAGAUCUUAACAACGUCAUCAACAUUAACGAGGUUGAUGAAUCAAUUGAAAUUAGCAAACAUAAUAGCAAGUCUGAACAGGAUGUAAAUAUUGAAAAAACUAAAGAAACAAAACAAGAAAAAGAACGUCCAAUAGUUAAAGUAGUGGAUAUAAAUAAACUUGUAGAAAAUCCAAUAGAUCACGAAAAAAUAAUCAAGUCGCCUAGAAAACCAAAUCAGUCAUACUCAAAGAGCAAAGACGUAAACAAUUCUGACCUAGUUGUUAGCAUUUUUACAGAUGUGGAGCAUGAAUUUUAUCAAAAUCGUAAGACACCCGUUUUAGAUGAUUUUUAUCUACGAGUAUUAGAAAAAUGUGGUAGUCAAUAUGACAGAGAAGCUAUAAAAAAAUGGUUAAGGAAAAUCGGGAUCAAAUUCAAGGAUAAAUAGGUUCCAAAGAAACUUUAUAAGGUGAUCUAGCCCGGAAAAGCUUUCCAGAAAGGUUGUAUCAAUAAAAGGCAUUUGUAAUCCUUUUCGGACCUAUUUAUUUCUUUAGAUUUCUAUAUGAAUAGGAAUCGAAAUUGAAGAGACUCUUUCCUUCUUGCCUAUCUCUUCUUCGGGGCUCCCAUAUCAGCUUUGAUUUGAUUAGAAAGUAUUUUUUGUUUCGAGGUGCAUUUCUCAGUUAUUAAUAUGUGCUACAAUUACUAUUAAUUUUCUCAAUUCAAUUCAAAUAUAAUAACUAGAACAAAUACUUUUUGUUUCAGGAAGUUCAGGCAUGAAGAAAGAGUUUGUGAUAUUUUACUUAUUUCAUUUAUUUUUUUUUUAAUAAAUUAAAAAGUUACCAAA